GAAAUGAGAGCGUUGUUUCUCCGUGCCGCCGAGAAAAUAUCCGCCGGUGAUCGAUUGUUGCACUGGGAAUUACUCGUCGACGACGAAUGUUCUAAUAUUCUCUCAGCUCCCAGUAUCCACGAAUCUACUGCGAGUAGAGCGAAGUAUUCGAUUACGAAUAAAUCGUUCGAAGAAUUAACGGCGGAGGAUACCGAGCGUGCGUCCCGAGGAAACCAGCUUCCCUCCGUCCAGGAGAGCUCGAACGGUCGAGAUGGCAGAAACAGGUAAACUGAGCAAGGUAUUGUUCUUUAGUAGCUUUCUCAUUAAUUCGUCUCGAGAUGCUCGAGAGCUAUCGGAAAGUGAAUUUUACGGGAGUUGAUUUUAUAUUUCAGUACGGUGAAUAAUUCGCCGGGGAAAUCCUCAGACAAGAUUUCGCUAAUCCAACACGCAGACGCAGUGAUUCGAUCUUAUGAUUUAACGACCCCGAACACCGCAUUGGACAUUAUUAUCGAUGCGACGUACAGCAUGUAAAUUUAGAAUACCGUUACUUCGAAUGUUUCUUAUCGCUUUAAGGAGGACGUGAUGCGAGAAACAUUUCAUCUCCUUGGUUCUCGAGCAGGUAUGCUAACGAACUGCGAUACGCUCUCGUGUAUGCAGUUUUUGUGACGCAAAUCGAGACACGUACCCUUUUUAUGCCGCACACCUUCCGAGCACCACGCGAAAUUAAGCUCGCGGAUUCCGCGAGUGGGCCGUUCGACGUGCAGCUUCGCGAACGGCUGGAAAAGAGCGCCGUCGAGCUGACAAGUGGCAUUCGCAAGGGCAAGAAACAAACGACAAAGGAUAAUACGAAAAGUUAUCGAGCGAUUGGCGACGAGCUGAACGCGACGACAGCUCCCCGAACGCCGCCGUGCUCCUUGGACGAGGACGAAAUAUUAGCCGACAAUCGACGGUUCAUUCUACCGCUGAUAGAGGCGAAGGAAGCGGCGCAGGUCUUUGACACUCACACAGGAAAUAUGUGACGAGUAUCGAAGGAAAACACACAACUAGGAAAAUAAUUUUACU